AUGAAGUCAAAGGCUAUUCUGGUGAAGUCAAAGCCUACUUUUCUAACAGAACUUUCUUCCCUCCAUGCGGCGGAGGUUGCCACGAAGUUGGCAAAUGAGAAGGAGCUGGUCGGGAUAAGGGUUGCAAUAAGUGGUGUAUCUUUAAACCAAGCAAAGUUUGACGUUGAGUAUGACACCGAUAAUAGUUCCCUUAUCCACAUUGAUGAUCUUCUGAAGGAUGCCUAG